UUUAUUUGGGUCAUGUUUAUCGUAACAAGAACAACUACAGUUUACAGUUUACCGCUUUCAACUACUAUACAAAACAUGUUCUAGCUGCAACAACCACCCAAUUAGACAAUAUAGGAUAGCCAUCCGGCAUGGAGUUCGUCUCAGCCCUUCAGGGCAACUUCGACGAUCAGAAACCAUCGCUGUUUGAGCUCCUCUCCGAGCAACAGCUUAACACGCUUCUACCACCGACAUUACGAUAUCUCCUCACAGUCGCGACUCACCGAUACCCACGCUACUUACUACGUGCUCUCAACUCGUUCGAUGAGCUAUACGCUGUUACGAUGCUCAUUGUUGAGCGAUACUACUUAAAAACCCGCGGCGGCAGCUUCACCGAGCAUUUCUACGGCCUGAAGCGAGAGAAGGCCCUGCACGCCGAGAUACCACGCGCCGCCACUCGCACACCAGAGUUGGUGCGAGAACAGCUGAAGAUCGGCGGGACAGACAUAUGGAAGAACCUGGCCGUGAUGGUCGGCAUACCAUACAUAAAGCGAAAGCUGGACGAGAGUCACGAGAUCGAGGCCCCGCGGGCUCUUCUAGGAGCAAACUACACGCGCAUGCCCGCGAACCCGACGCUGAAGCAGCGGUUCCUGCACUACUACAAGUGGUUCAUACGGAACAUCUACCCGAGCGUGCACGCCGCCUACUACUUCGCCAUCAUCGCGUUCAACCUGGCCUACCUGUUCGACAGCUCCAAAUACCACAACCCGUUCAUGUGGCUCAUCGGCACGCGCAUACGCAGGAUGAACGCGGCGGAUUUCAAGGCCAUCGAGGCUCUGGGGAAGCAUAAGGGGGCCAAUGCGGCGGCGCCUGCGGCUACUAGCAUUUUCAACCCGAGGACGAUGGGCCCGAGGCUGUUGGGGAGCUUGUCGUUAUUGCUGCCGACGAGCAUUUUUGCGUUGAAGUUCCUCGAGUGGUGGUAUGCGUCGGAUUUUGCGAAACAGUUGUCGAGGAAGGCGGCUGAAAACCUGGAGUUGCCACCGCCUAUCGUAUCUGGUAUGUCUGCGUUGGGGGCCAAACCAUUGCAGAAGAAGGCUCAGGGGGAGGGCAAGGAGAAAGAUGAGGAACAGCUUAAGGUACCGUUGGCAGAGAACGCGCCGAUAGCCACACCCUCAUUGCUCCCUAUCUUCACCGUGCCUGCUCCUGAAUAUUCCGAGCUAUGUCCUAUCUGCGAGGACGAGAUUACGACCGCGACGGCCUGCCAGACAGGUGUCGUCUACUGCUACGCUUGCAUACAUAAGUGGCAUGAGGGCUCGCAUCCGAGGCAAGAAGAAUUCAUGGCCGACCGCGCGGGCAAAUGGGAGAACGGACAGGGUAGAUGUGCCGUGACAGGACGCCGGGUUCUCGGCGGCACGGAGGGUCUAAGACGUAUCAUGGUUUGAAAGAGAUUUGGGAUCUGGGUUAUAUUGCAUCUGCAUGUGGCAUUGGGUCAGGCACUGGCGUUCUGGGGUAGCAUCCAAAAAGAGCUAUGUGCUAUGGGAAACUUCUGCUACACGCCAUAUGGCACGCCUAGGUAUUCUGGAAUUAUUUAUUAAUAGCUGGCUAGCUGCAAUCAUCAGGGGCCGUUAAACGAGACGACUGUCUAGACUGACCUAUUCCAUUACCGGGGAUAAUGGCCGUCAACUAGAGUCUUUCCUAAUUAUCAGACAUCCCAUCUUAUGGUGAUGUAGGCCGCCGGAAGGGGUCUAUCAGUCAUCUAUGAAGCUUCACUUUAAACCUCGGGUGCUAUCAUACAACAUAUUCAGAAGGCAAUGGACCGAUUAUGUGGGCUAGGCUCAUCUUACUAACAGUGAGAUUAGAGCUACAACAACGAUAUACUUUAAAUAGCAUUGGGACGAGAUC